UUCCGUGAUUAUCUCGGAGACGACAGGGCAUUCUCCCUCGUAUCGCAAGUUGUAUAUAUACCAGGAUCCACUGCGGAAGGUUCAGUAUCAUCAGCAACAUUCCUCGCAAGAUGAAGGUCUUCCUAACGAUCGUGCUUCUCUCUGCCCUUGCGUCUGUGGUGGAAUUGAAGAGAUCGGAACCGAAGAAACAAAAACGCGGAGUAGCAUUUUUUGGAUCGCCUGGCUACGAUUUCUUCGGCAUUGUGCCAGCUUUCGGUCCUUCCUCAUGGGGUCCUACAGGUCUCGCGACUUCUGCCUGGAACCCACCGAGCACUCCUGACGUAGCACUCACCCAAGUUCAAGUUCAAGCUACGCACAACGUAGCGCUUCAAGCCCUAAAGGACCCGGCACCAGGUACACCCACUAUCGCGUAUCCACCCGAAGUCCUACGAGCGAUUCAACAAGCGAAAGAGGCGAAUAACAAUGUUGCCGUAGCUCAGCACAAAGUCGCGGAAGUGAAGCAUGCAACGCUGAUACAACAGAAAAUUGCGUUAGCGAAGGAGGCGUCGGCGCGAGAAGCUGCCGCGAGGUCUCAAGAAAUUUCGCAGCAGACCGAGAACGACGCUAGAGAUAGCGCUCGUCAACUUGUAGCGCUGCAACAGAGAUUAGCGACCCUAAAGGAUGCUGUAGCAGCUGCACAACGGGUGGCGGCGGCUAGAGAAGCCGCUGCAGCCGCAGCGAUCCAGAGGAACGCGGCUGAAACCGCCGCUGAACUGCAAAAGCAGGACGUUGAUAAGCAGAUUAACCAGAGCGAGCAAGAAGCCAAGGAGAAGGAUAUAUUAGCCGCGAAGGAAAAUGCAGUAGCAGCUGCGGUCCAGCAAGCAAGCGUACAGAAACCUGCUCAUCACCCUUGGGGUUGAAAAGAACGUCACUAUAAGGGCUCAUAUUAUACAUUUACGGUGACGGUACAUGAAAGGGCAUCUCAGUGUCUAAUAAACUUUACUUGAUACUUUUGUAAUUAUUAUACAUAAGAAUUGUUUUCCUCUCAGCAAUAAAAG